AUGGAUGACAAUGGCCAGUUGAUGUGUUACGUACUCAGCGAACCAUGGGCGGCGACGGUGGAGACGGCGUUCAGCCGGUCAAAACCAUCGUUCAGACCAAUCAGCUGCUCUCAGCCAUCUUUCUUCACAAUGACAACGUACAAGCUUUAUUACUUUGAUGGACGUGGACGCGCAGAGCUGUGCCGUAUAUUGCUUGCCUACGGAAAUAUUGAAUAUGAGGAUGUGCGCGUUUCUUCAGAGGAGUGGACGAAACUUAAGCCAACUAUGCCUAUGGGCCAGCUGCCGGUAUUGGAACGAGAUGGCGAUAUGCUGUGCAAAUCACCGGUUAUCGCGCGCUUCCUGGCUGAUACGAUCUCCCUCAAUGGGACAACACCGUGGGAAAAAGCAAAAGCUAGUAUGCUAGUGCAAGGAACGUAUGACCUGAUGGACGAUCUACUGCCGGUCAUGAAAUCCAUGGUUGUCGUCGACAACAAAUCAUAUGAAGAGGCAUGGAAGGAAUUUUAUAAAAAUUCACUGAAGCCGUUCUUGAAGCAAUACCGUAAAUUCCUGGCUCACAGUAAAUCUGGAUGGCUGAUUGGACGAUCGCUCACGUAUGCAGAUAUAGCCGUGGCCGAAACUCUGUCUUUGGUGACCGAAUGCUACAACACUGCAGCACUGUAUAUGUUCCAAGACUUGGAAUUCUUUAUGAAAAGAGUCUUCGACUUUCCGGUCAUCAAACAGUAUAUUGCGAAUCGUCCAAAAGCUCUGUUCUAA